AUGUUUUACAAACACUGGAAGCCUAAAGAGUAUAUUACAUAUUUCCUUUUAACAUUAGUAUUUCUGUCGUCGUGGACAGACAUUAACGGUAUGUUUUCUGAAUUACCGCAAAUCAUUUUGACCCAACCAGAAGGCUGGAAACUGGGAGCUUUUAUUGGUUUGGUCACCAAUAUCGGCAACAUUGCACCAUUGGUUCUUGUUAUUAUCAAAUGCGCGUUUCAAAAGCGUUCUGUCAAUUUUAUUCCUCUGAAUUAUGUUAUUAUUCUUAUCGGUAUGCUGUCGUGUCUAUUACUUGUCUUCUUUUGGCAAAAAACAAGUUUCGUUUUUAGACAAAAUCGUAGCAUAUCACUGCUCAUUCUUGCAUUCUGUCUAGCACUACUUGAUUGUACUUCGAUGGUUACAUUUUCUGACUACAUGACACGUUUUCGAGCCGAAUUUACCAGUGCUCUCUUUCUUGGCGAAAGUCUAACCACGAUUCUGCCUAGUCUUCUAGCUAUUGCUCAAGGUAAUGGCCGACUUGAAUGUAUUUCAGUUGCUGAUAAUCUUACAUCAUCGAAUACUUCGAUUAUACCUGUUUACCAGAAUGCUCGAUUUUCAGUAUCAGUUUAUUUUCUUUGCAUAUUCUUUUUGUUAGUUUUUUCAUUCGUGGCAUUCGUAAUUCUACAAUGGACCAAAGUUGCUCAGAACUCCCUACAGUAUUUUUCAAAAAAAUCUGUCGUAUUUCAAAUGAAUGAAAUCACUACAAAAGACAUUGUGAACGAUGAUAAUCAUGUCAGAAAAUUAGACCAAUAUUCGCUGACUGCUCCGUUAUAUUUUCUUCUUUCCAUCGGCUGUGUUUAUACGAGUUCAGUUCUGUUCGGUGUGCUUCUAUCUAUUUCAGCUUUUGUUUUGAUGCCAUACGGUCAUGAAAUCUUCUACUUGGGCACGAUUCUUUCUCCGUGGAUGUUGUCACUCGUUUGGGUACUCGGAACGAUUAAACCAAUCGUUGGCAAACGUUAUUUGUUACUGAUGAUUUUACUAGGAACUGUUACAUUCAGUUUCGAUUUAGUAAUUUCUUUCAAGAGUCCAUGUCCACCCUAUGCCAAUACGACCAAGGGCAGCGUUUUAGUAAUUCUCAUUUGGUUGAGUACAUAUAUUCUACUCGGAUAUCCUCGUCUUGUUAUUGCCAACUAUGUUCGACAGCAUUCACCAAAUGGAUUGUUUUGGUUCGGUGUCCAUGUUCAGUUAGGUGCACUGAUAGGUUCUGUCGUAGCCUAUCUCUUCAUCGAAACCUUCUCACUGUUUCAAGACCGAUUACCAUGUGAACCGAUUCAAUGUUGA